ACACCUCCUGGAGUCACUCACUACCACCACUAACUAUCUCUCUCCAAGUCAGCAAAAAUGGAUUCCGUCACCAUCAUGCUUCCAGUUCCGCCGGCAACAGCAUUAGCAAUCGUCGGUACGGCCGUCGCACUCGCCGUCGCUUUUUUAUUCCGGUACCUCCGAAGUUACACUUCCAAACACGGCAGUGAAUCAAACCGUCUCCCUCGUGUUCCUGAGGUGCCUGGAGUGCCAUUGUUUGGGAAUUUACUGCAGUUGAAGGAGAAGAAACCGUACAUGACGUUUACACGAUGGGCGGAAACUUAUGGUCCGAUUUAUUCGAUUAAAACCGGGGCUACUAAGAUGGUGGUGGUGAGUUCGAACGAGAUUGCCAAAGAGGCCCUUGUUACCAGAUUUCAAUCUAUCUCAACUCGAAAUCUGUCAACGGCAUUAAAGAUCCUCACAGCUGAUAAAACCAUGGUGGCUAUGAGUGAUUAUAAUGAUUAUCACAAGACCGUCAAACGCCAUAUACUCACUGCCAUGUUGGGACCAAAUGCUCAGAAGAAACACCGCAUCCAGAGAGACAUCAUGAUGGAGAAUCUUUCAAACCGACUACACGCAUUUGUUAAAACCUCUACUGAACAAGAAGAAGUGGAUCUAAGGGAAAUAUUCCAGUCUGAACUUUUUGGAUUAGCUAUGAGACAAACAAUGGGAAAGGAUGUGGAAAGCCUAUAUGUAGAGGAUCUUAAGAUCACCAUGAAACGACGCGAGAUAUUUCAGGUAUUGGUGCUUGACCCGAUGAUGGGUGCAAUCGACGUUGACUGGAGAGAUUUCUUCCCGUAUCUAAGGUGGGUCCCGAAUACAAAGUUUGAGAACCCAAUCCGAGAAAUGCAUGUUAGGAGAGAGGCUGUGAUGAAGGCUCUUAUUAAAGAACAGAAGAAACGUAUUGCCUCAGGGGAGAAAUUGAACAGCUACAUUGAUUACAUGCUAUCAGAAGCACAAACAUUAACCGAUCAUCAACUACUUAUGUCGGUAUGGGAGCCUAUUAUCGAAUCAUCAGACACCACUAUGGUCACCACUGAAUGGGCAAUAUAUGAACUUGCAAAAAACCCCCAUAUUCAGGAUCGUUUGUACCGGGACAUCCAAAAUGUUUGUGGGUCAGACAAAAUCACAGAAGAACAUCUAUCACAGCUGCCAUACAUAGCCGCUAUUUUCCAUGAAACUUUGAGAAGGCAUAGUCCGGUCCCUAUUAUUCCAUUACGAUACGUGCAUGAAGACACAGUUCUAGGAGGGUACCAUGUCCCGGCUGGAACCGAGGUCGCAGUAAACAUUUACGGAUGUAACAUGGAGAAGAAUGUGUGGGAGAAUCCUGAGGUAUGGGAUCCGGACAGAUUUAUGAAGGAGAAGGAACCGAUUGAUUUCCAGAGAACGAUGGCGUUUGGAGGUGGAAAGAGGGUGUGUGCUGGUUCUCUUCAGGCAAUGUUGAUUUCUUGUGUUGGAAUUGGAAGAAUGGUGCAAGAGUUUAAGUGGGAACUGAAAGAUAAUACCAAAGAAGAUGUUAAUACAAUUGGGCUUACCACACAGAUGCUUCGUCCACUCAAGGCCAUAAUAAAGCCCAGAAAGUGAUGGCUGCUGGUGGUGGUGUAUCAAUAAGACAAUAAGUAAUAUUUAGCCUUUUGUGGUGUAUGGUGUAUCAAAAAGUGUAUGUCACACCAGUACGGUUAUAUAGGUGUAUCCUUUCACUCAUGUCACUUUUGUGUGUAAUGGUUUCAGUAAGACAAUAACAUUUAGCCUUUUGUGUUUUGCCA